UAAAGUUUGGAUAAGUUAUUGAUCAAUUUUGUGGUCUAAAAGUGUCUUUAUCCCGUCGUCUACAACAAAUGGUGUCCCCGCGACGUGAUUAAAAGGACUAAAAAGAAGGCUUCUCGGCUAAAAAGAAGGCUUCUUGAUUAAAAAGGGAUUUACGAAAACGGGGGAAUCACGGUUGAGAUGGCAUGGUGUCGGAGCCUUAGUGGCGAGGCUGGUCAAAAAUUGGCAUAAAGGUGCAACUUCGGACCCGGAGUGCUGUAUAGACAAGCUCUGCCGUACGUGCUGCCGGACCUUGAAAGGCUGCAACAGCGCGCUGACAUAGGUAUGAAAAGACAAGCAGUAUAUAGUUUAUUUUCUGAAUUUUUACAGAAAAAAGGUGUUAAGUAUUUAUAUUUAAAAAAGGAACUUCCUGGGUUACUUGAAUAUGGUAAUGAAAAAGGGUGUUUUGUUAAUCCUCAUACUGUGCAUUCCGUAGAGGAGUGGUGCAAAUUUGGUGAUAAAAUAUGGGAGGCUCUUUUAGAUGAGGAUAAAGUUGCAAAAAAGCUAGGAAAGCUUUGGAGGGUGGUUUAUAAUACAUUGUUGCAACAUGAAGCAGAACGCCAAGCGGCAGAACAAGCACUAAAUAUGAGACAGCAGAACAAAGAGUAUAAAAAUUUUGAUUGGUUUUCUUAUAAACCUUCUCCCCCAGCUAUGCAGACAGUUCACCUCCCCGCUGUGCCCCCUGAUCUUUCUAAAAUAAAUACAGACGGGUUGCUAGAAUCAAAGACACCCGCAGCUCCUACUGCACCACCUCCCCUGGCCGAUACACCCAGCGGUCAGACCGACCCUGAGCCCACGCCUCCUCCUCCUGCUCACUCGACCAAAGAGCCUGUCCCUGGGGCAUUCAGUGACUCGGUGGAGGCCGUGGUAAAAGAGCGGAGAGAAACUUGGGCUGCAUUUGCUAAACACUGUCUGGAACAGGGUGAUUCUCAUGGGUUGCAGGUUGUAGAUUCCUAUGCUUUUCCCGUUACUUAUAAUCAGGAUGGGCAAGGAGGAAUAACUGCUGCUAUUAUUCCAUUAGAUUGGAAAUUCUUAGCACAAUUGCGAAGUACAGUCAAUGAGUUUGGAUUACAUUCUGAACCAACUAAACAAAUGUUAGAUUAUUUUUGGUGUACAUAUCUUUUAUUGCCAUCUGAUCUCCGAUCUAUAACUCGUAUGAUAUUGACUGAACAUCAACAAUUGUUAUUUAAUGCAUAUUGGCAAGUAUUAGUUAAUGAAAGUGUAGCGGAGUUAUUAGAAAAAGCAUUAGUACUUCCUACAGGAGAGAAUGCAUUUUUAGUUAAUGCUAUUCAAGAUUUAGCUAAGGGACUUAAGGAGCAGGCUCAGAGUUCUCAAGCUCAAGUUCCAGCUGCUCUUGCACCCCUUCAAGUGAAAGCACAUAAUUUUGCAGAAGAAAAAGCUCGAUCAAAAUGUUACCGGUGA